AUGCCAGUCAGCAAGAAGCAAAACACAGGAAGCUCCAAAAGUGGUCAAACAACUCUUGAGAAAUUGAGGGAAACAGGGACCACCAUUGUCGCCGAUACAGGUGACUUUGAGAUGAUAAGCCAGUAUAAACCCCAGGAUUCGACUACAAACCCAACUUUGAUUUUGAAGGCCAGUGAGAAAGAGGCUUACACUGAGUUGGUCGAUUCUGUUAUUGAAAAAUAUGUCACUGCUAAAAAGAUUAAGACUGAAUCUGAUGUCACGCCAGAAGUGUGUGAAGCAAUUUUUGACAGAAUAUUAGUGGCUUUUGGAGAACAGAUUUUGAAGAUUGUACCGGGAAGAGUAUCUACUGAAGUAGAUGCCAAAUACUCGUUUGAUAAGGAAGGUAGUAUCAAUAAGGCUAAGGAAAUUAUCAAACUAUAUGAAGAUGAUGGUAUCUCCAAAGAAAGGGUUUUGAUUAAACUAUCUUCCACUUGGGAAGGUAUCCAAGCAGCAAAGGUCUUAGAGAAGGAGUAUGGUAUUCAUGUCAACUGUACCUUGUUAUUCUCAUUCCCACAGGCAGUGGCUGCUGCAGAGGCAGGAGUUUCAUUGAUUUCCCCAUUUGUAGGUAGAAUCAUGGAUUGGUAUAAAAACACUUACAAUAAAACCUAUACAGCUGAAGAUGACCCAGGUGUUCACUCUGUAAGAAGGAUCUACAAUUAUUAUAAAAAACAUGGCUAUAAGACAAUUGUCAUGGGAGCUUCAUUUAGAACUGUUGAUGAGUUGAAGGCUUUGGGUGGUAUUGAUUUCUUAACAAUCUCUUUGAAGUUAUUAGAUGAGCUUAAUAACAGUACGGAAGAUGUAACUAGAUCAUUGGAUCCAGAAACAGCUAAAAAGGAAGGUGAAGAUAAAACAUCAUUUAUAAAUGAUGAAUCUAAAUUCCGUUUUGAGUUAAAUGAAGAUGCAAUGACUACUGAAAAAUUAGCAGAAGGUAUCAGAAACUUUGCCAAAGACGCUCAGACCUUACAUGGAAUUAUUAAAGAUAAAAUCAUCUCGAAGCACAUCAAUAAAUAA